GCUCAGAGAGCCAGAUCACCUCAGGACUUCACCAUGUCUUCUCCCAGUAUCCUGACACUACUCUCUCUCCUGAUGGUGACGGAGGUCUCCAGUGUGAACGAGACAAACUGCUCCUACACACACCUGCUGGAACACCUGAAUCUUCUGGACACCAACCAGGUUCUGGCUAACGUCCGUCCUGUUGUGAACUGGACGUCUCCCACUGAAGUGAAUAUGGACUUGUAUGUGUACGGCAUUCUGGAUGUGGAUGAGAAGUCUCAAACUCUCACUUGUCAGGCAUGGAUUAACACGGGGUGGUUGAACGAGUUCUUAUCCUGGAACGAGAGUGACUUCUGUGGGAUAGACAAGUUGGCUGUGCCCAGGAAGAAGCUCUGGACCCCGGACAUCUACAUCCAGGAAGAUAUCUCCAGCACAGACAGCAUCACGAAAGGCCCCUUUGCCAGCUUGUACUCAAACGGCAUUGUGACUGUGAUGGAUUCCUUAAGACUGACGACCGCCUGCAACAUGGACCUGUACAAGUUCCCCUUCGACACUCAGACCUGCCAAAUGACCGUCACUUCCAUCUCCCAAUGCGGUAGGCUGGGAGAUACACAUUUCCUGAUUCCUCUAUUGUACUUCCUGGUUCUGGACCUGGCCUCCUUCUUCAUCAACCAGACCAGUGGGGAGAAGUUGAGCUUCAAGAUCACCAUCCUGCUCUCCAUCUCUGUCCUGCUGCUCUUAUUCAACGACAUCCUGCCCUCCACCGCCAGCAAGCUGCCACUCAUAGCCUCCUACUGCGUGGUGGUGUUCACCUUGGUGGGCUUCAACCUGCUGGUGACCCUGCUGGUGGGCUUCCUGAUGGACCUGGACCGGAAGGAAGGCUGGGGUCAAACCCACGCCAGCGUCCAAUCUAGUCCUCCAGAGAACGAGGCUGAGAAGGGGGUGCCGGCGGAGGCCAGCCCAGAGCAGAGGGCUCCAGGCGGGGGGAUGCAGGGGCUGAGUGACCCCCGACUGCUCCAGCUGGCUCUGGAGGAGGUGUGGAGGAUCAGACUGGAGGUGGCCUCUGCUGCGAAGGCAGGAGAUACAGAAGAUAAGCCUGCGGGGGCUGGAGACCAAGGGAAGACGGGGUACUGGGAGAGAGUGGCCAGCCGCAUAGAUACGGCCUACUUCUGCAUUUACAUCAUUUUCAUUAUUGUGUUCCACGGUUUUCUCUAUAUCAUCAGACUGGCUGGGCUUCUGAUUGGUCGUCUUCGGUGUGACGCUGUUCAAACAGCUGACGCUACAUCCCAGGGAUACGCAGACCCAUGUGAGGUCUUCCUCAGUCUGGAGCUGGACCUCCAUGAUGGCUGGAGGGCUGCUGUUCUGGCUGGCUCUGAUGGGCCCGUGCGGAACUUGACCACACGCACCCAAGUGAAGGUGGACAUGUUCCUCUUAGGGAUCCUGGACGUGAAUGCAAAGAGCCAAACCUUCACCUGCUCCAUCAGCACCCUCAUAAGUUGGAACAAUGAGUUCAUCUCUUGGGAUCCGAAGGAGUUCUGUGGCAAGUUCUCCAUCCAAGUCCCCAGAGAAAAGCUCUGGAAACCGGACAUAGUCAUCCACGAGGAAACUUUUUUACUGCGCAGCAUUUCUGACACCGGCAGCACCAAACCCAGCCGGUAUGCACGGCUGUUUCCCGGACAGGUCCAGGUGAUGGACCAGAAGAAGCUGACCACCAGCUGCGGUAUGGACAUGUACAAGUUCCCCCUGGACGUCCAGAUCUGCACUGUCACCUUCUUGUCACUCUUGAUUCAAGAUGAAAUCACCUUGGGAUCCUUGACCACAGAAGAUUACAAGAACAAAUUCACCAGGAAGAACUUAAAUCAAGGGGAAUGGGACUUCCUGUUCAUGACAACCACUAAGAAUAACUUUACAAUAGAUGGUGUGGUUUGGAGUCAACUAGAAUACAAGAUCCACAUUCAAAGGAGACCUCAGCUGUACCUCCUCAACCUGGCCAUGCCUAUCGUCUUGUUCCUGGUUCUGAACCUGGCCUCCUUCUUCAUCAACCAGACCAGUGGGGAGAAGCUGAGCUUCAAGAUCACCAUCCUGCUCUCCAUCUCUGUCCUGCUGCUCAUCCUCAACGACAUCCUGCCCUCCACCGGCGACAAGCUGCCACUCAUAGCUCUACACUGCAGCACAAUCUUCUUCAUGGUGGGUCUUAGCCUGCUGGAGUCCAUUCUGAUGGGCUUCUUAGGAGACCUGGACAGCAAGGGGUGCCAGGACUCCAGCGGGGGAAAUGGGGACCCCCAGAUACUGAGCUCAGCUACUGGGGGAACAGCACAGGAGAAGAACCCCCAUCUGGAGGAGGUGGAAGAGGUGCCGCUGGAGGAGAGAUCUGAUGACCAGAGGAAGGUGACCGGAGGAGCAGGAGACCACAGGGAACCUGGGUACUGGGGGAGAGUGGCCAGAGGCAUCAACAAGGCCUACUUCUGCUUCUACCUCUUCAGCACAGUGGUCUUCUUCAUAUACGUAACUCUUCAGUGGUUUCUCUGAACUUGUUGGUUCACAGUCCUUUUGUGCUUUUCAGUUUUUCUUGUGGAGUCGUCAUAAGUUGUGUGUCAUAUCUUGCAAAUGUUUUUCUAAGAAGUUAGAAUGAGGCUGGGUCUGUGUUGGCACAACCGACUCGGAAAGGAUGGGAAUUGUACUGUACUUAAGUAGAUUUGUUUCUGGUAUGAGUACUUUACUUCAAUAUUUAUUUUCUGACAACUUUACUUUCACUCCUUAAAUUUUUUACACAAAUAUCUGUUCUUCCUACUUCACGCUCAACAAAUGUAAGCUAUUCUACAAAGCUACCACGGAACAAGGCAGAAGGCAGCAAGAAAAAAAAAAUGUUUUGUGUUGUGAAAAAGUUUGAAUAGGUUGACAAAAUAUUUUCAAAACGUACUAAGUUUCGAAACUUUUUAUGGAAGUCCUUUCUCCUUGUGUAACUGCUUUGUGGUCUUUUCAAACAAAUAUAUUGUGGUCCUUCUGAUGUGUGGGGGUUCGGUGUUAAACAGGUUAUAAAUGCAAUCGGUUUCUCAUCAAGCUAACUACAUUCUGCUCCGAUAAAUUAUUACCUCUGUAGCAGUUACGCAUGCAGUAGUAUGUGCUGUAAUAUUGUAGACUGUAUUGUGCAAUAAUAUAUUUGCAAAUAAAACUGACUAGGCUUAAUUUGGACCUUUUCUUGUUUUUAUUUACUGCAAGUUGGUUCAACGAAGAUUCUCGGGAACACAUUUACUAACCAGGCCACUUUCACCCAAAAAGACCCGGCCACUUUCACCCGAACCAGGUCAAACUUGCU